AUGGGCUUUGGCUUGCCUUUUUGCUGCUCCCAGAAACUCCUAGCAACCGAGCAGUCAUGUUGGGGAGCUUCUGGGCAUUCUGGUUUUCCGAGCAGUCCAGUUUUCUCAGGAUGGCCGGCUGGUGUCUGCAGCGCUGGGUUUGGGGGGAGCCAUGUGGCGCUGGACAGCAAAGAUCUUCAGACCGUAGUCAAGGAAGCCGUGCAGCUCUUGAAUGGGCAACUGAACAGCAUCUACAUGCUGGUGCCGGUUGCUAUUCUGGGGGCUGAGAAGAAGGACAAUUUCGAGGGCGUCGUGCCAGGCAAAGGUCACAUGGCCCACUGCUGCCCCGAUAUUCUCGAUCCCGAGGCAUGGGCGAUGUUCGGCAACGCUUACGUGAAGGAAGCGCUGUCGCGACAAAGCCUCGCCGAGACGUCGCAGCGCAUCCUGGAUCUUCGCUUCGGCUGGGGCGAGGCCGAUGCCCAGCCGCUCCUCCCGAUGGAGAUUGCUGCCAAGCUCUGUGUGAAGGUUCAUCUUGUCGUCAAAACCAUCCAGCAACUGCUUCGAUGCAUCCCGCUGGUAGCGGAUGCGGAUGCGUUGGAGGUUUUGCUGGAAGAUGAAGACCUGCUGAUAGUUGCGAAGCCUGCAGGUCUUCCAGUGUCGCCAUCCAAUCGCUACCGUGGGGGAGCUUUGCUCAAUCAGGCUCUCUCCCACUGUGGGAGUCUGCCACACACCGUGCAUCGUCUGGAUUGUGGUACCAGCGGUGCCAUGGUGCUGGCCAAGACGCCGAGUUGUGCUCGCUGCCUGGGAGCUCAGUUUCGGGAGUCCCUUGUCGAGAAGGUCUACCUGCUCUUGAGUGUUCGGAAGGGCACCAGUCCUUGGCCGAAGCUUGCACGCUGCAGCGAGACGGUGCAGAAGGAGGAGUCCGAACUGGAUCUUUCCAAAGACAAAGACUUCUCGGUUCAUGUUCCCAUCGCUCGCCACACGGGUGGCUGGCAAGCGGUGAACGCGGAUGGUGCUCAGGCUUUGACACAGUUUGCGCUCUUGGCUUGCGGGGAGCAAGUGGCGCUGUUGAUGGCAAGACCUUUGACCGGAAGGACCCAUCAAAUUCGAGUCCAUGCUUCGCAUGCAGGGCUGCCUCUCCUUGCCGAUGAGGGGUACGGUGCGCCUACAGCGACGACUAUGUCUCGUCACGCUCUGCAUGCCUGGGUUCUGGAGUUCCAGCACCCUCGAGGUUCUCAAACACGUGCAGAAGCCGGCAAGUUGCCUUCAGACUUCUUGAGCGCCGUGUCCGCGCAUGGGCUUCAACUUCCAAGCCCUGGUGAAAUGGUGCUUGCCCAUGAGCGUCUCAAGGCCAUGCAUACUUGUCAGAUGUGCGGUGCUGGAAUCGAAAGACGGCGUCUGCUGAGCCGCUGUGUGGCCUUUGCCUUUCGACACUUGGCACUUAGCGGCGACUUGCCCGAACGUCUUCUGCCUUCUGUGCUGCCGCACCGUCUUGCCUUGACAUGCUGCCGUUUGCAAGCUUUACUCAGAUGCGUAGACGGCGAACACAGUGUCAAGAAGCGCAAGACAGCCAAAUCUGCAGCCGCAUAUCAUGUGAAGCUCUUGUUUCUCAGACUCAGUGCAGCUUUACCCCAGACCGCUCCACGGCCAACGCGGCCGCCUGAGCAGCUUUGGCCAUGGCUGGCCUGGAGCGACAAGCGCCCGAAUGACUUGGACUUUGUCUCCGAGAUUCCGCUGCAGCCGCCGCCGGACAUCUACCGCCCGGCUCCGGCUGACAAUCGCCAGGGUCAACCAGCGAAUGUGGGAGGUUCGGCAGCCAAGCCGCCACGCAGGAAGAGGAGCUGCUGCUGCAGCCUCGUGCUCGCAGUUGGAGCUGUCCUCGUCGCCAUGCUACUCGCUUGGAACUGCUACGAUCUCCUGCAGCGACUUAGAGGACGCCAGCGGUCCUUGAACGUGAAGCAGAGCUUCAGCCGAAGGACGGAGAUCGAGCUCCAGAUUCACACGAGAGUCCCGGACAUGUCGGACUUCGAUGUGCGGAAGAUUGCCGCGGCAAUCGACAAGCACGAGAAUUUCAGGCCUGGAAGCUUGCGAGUGACCGCCUCCGUCUUCGACAAGGACCUUAGUUUGCAUUCUGCUCAGCAAGGUGGCAGCAAGAAGGUGGUGCAGCGGUACCGAAGGACGAAAGCACUGGAAGCUGCUUUGAAAGACGUGAUUCACGAGCAGCAAGAUGUUUUCUUCCCCGUCAGGAGUGAGAUCUUCUCGGCGUACCGGAAGUUUUUCCUAGGAUUUCCAAGCAUCAACGGCAGGGCCUGCUCGCUGCCGGCCUUGCAGCGAGAGCUCGGGGCGAUGGACAAGGCCAAGAAGGCCGAGUACUCGAAGCAGCUGCUGGAGGACUUUCAAUCCCGCUUCCGGGAGUUCGAGAAGUUCUUGCGCCGGCGGAAGAGGGACGUGCAGCAGGUACUUCAGCGCGAGUGGAUGCCCACGGACCUGCUGCGUGCCUUUGUGGUCUUCGACAUGUUGUGCUACCAAAACGAGUGGUUCACGCCCUUGUACCGGCUCCCGAGCUCAGACGAUGGCCGGAAGCGCGCGGCGCGGUGGCUGCGCCAUGAUCCGGAGCUGAGGGACCUGCCGGUGCGGAUUGAAGUGGACGUCAACGCGUCCUUGAAGAUGCGCGUGCAGAGGGCGCUGCCAUGGCAGCUCAGGAAGCUGCUGCCUGAAGCCGCCUGA